AUGGCACCGACCACAGUAAAUAAGAAAGUUUCGAUAACGUGCAUGCCAGCGUCAUUAUCAAUAUUGAGAACGUUUCUUGCAUUUCCUUCAAAAAAUACCGAACUCGAACCUGGAAUUGUCUUUUACUUAAAGUUUUUAGGUGUAUCUCUAUUAGGAUCUCUCCCGAUGUUAAGCAGUAUAAUGCAUUUAAUAAAUACUGUUCAGAAUGGAAAAUUCCACCAUAUCGACUUGGAUUUAACAUAUGCAGUUUCAUUUUCAACCGCCUACGCUUUAAUUUGGGCUUUUAUAAUAAAAAUAAAAUCUGCUGCCAAAAUGUAUACGUUCAUAUCAGAUUUUGAAGUAUUCGGGAAACCUACAGAUUUCGAUAGAUGUAAUAAAGCUUUUAAUAGAUACGCUAAAAUACAUUUUGUUUACCUGGAAUUGCUUAUAUGGACCAUUAUUUUAACGUCAAAUAUAUUUAAAACUCAAAAGUGCAAAUUGGAAAAUCAACUAUAUAAUAUGAAUGAAGUUUGUGGACUUUUUUCAUAUACUUGGAUGCCUUUCGAUAUCGAUUAUUCUCCAAUACGUGAGCUCUACUUGUUAUUUGAAAUCUUUGGGGCUCAUCAUAUUUAUAUGCUGGCCGGACUGAUGGCUUGGCAAGUAUUUGAAACUAUGCAACACAUAAUAAUAAGAAUACGUCACGUGAAACAUGUUAUGGUGGAAGCUUUUACCUACAGAGACUCUACUGUAAGAAGAAGAAAGUUUAAUAUUGCUGUCAGAUAUCAUAAUUCUAUUUUCGGAUUAUUUUCUUACUGUUAUAGGCUGGAAGAAAAAUUAAAUGAUGCUUUUAGUAUAUUCAUGUUCACACAUAUGGUUUUGACAGCGGCUGUACUCGGCAUUGGAAUUUAUUCCUGGCUACGUGUAAAGUCACUAUCUACUUUUAUGGUUUGUACUGGAUGGUUUGUUGGAUUAUUUAUGGAUUGUUUCAGUGGCCAGCGUCUUCAAGAUGAGAGUUUAGAAUUGGCAGUGGCAGUAUAUAAUCUACCCUGGUAUGAUUGCGAAGAACCACUGAAGAAAGAUAUUAUGGUCGUUUUACAGAAAUGUCAGAGCAGCUUGAAACUGCGUGCCGGGGCUUUCGGUGUUAUGGAUAGAGCGAUGUUUUUGGGGGUUAUAAAAUUGACUUACUCGUACAUAACUUUGUUAAAGCAGACAUAAAAAUUAAAACUAAUUUUUGUUAGAUUACAAAUUGUUGGUUUAGAAAUAAAAGUUAUUGGCAA